AUGACUCAGAACAUACCCUUCGGCGGCACUCGCGUCGGCUUCGACGCCCUUCCCGAUGAGCUCAAGGUCCAAAUCCUCACGUACGCCCUCAGCACCAACAAAUUCAUCAUGGCAAGGAACCACAAAGCCAUCGAGGAAGGUUUGAACCUACCAACUUUGCUACUCGUCAACAAGCGCAUGCAUGCCCUUGCCGCACAAGUGUACUACAGCGACAACACCUUUGUCAUUAGGCGCUCUGGCGUGUCUUGGGGGCACGUUACCCCGGGCGCCGACGACAAGUGGCGUUUCCCUCCAUUUGUGUUCUGUAAUCACGUUCGCAAACUGGUGAUACAGCUGGAGUUGUACAAUCGCAUUGACAACGCGGCACAGUGCCUGGAGCCGUCGUUAGAGAACGAUUGGCUGGUGCUUCUCCGUCCCCGACCUGUCCACAAAACUGCUACUCCCAACGCGCCACAGCAGGCAGGAGGGCAGGAUUGGCAGACUCGAUUCCCCAAGCUCACCGAAUUGACGGUGCGACUGAGCACUUCUCUGCACUUGCAUUUACAAAUCAACAGUGACAGCGAUGAGUACCGACGAGCACUACUUGACCUGCCAAACAAAGCAACUGUUGUGCUGCAGCCAAAGCUUUUAAAGCUCGAGAAUGAAUCAAGCGCGGAGAUCAGGUCCAGUGACCCUAUGCAUGGCGCCAUUCACAAGAUGUCCUUCGCUAGCGAAAUCUUUGAGCUCGAAUACGGCGAUGAGUACCGUCUCGGCCCGUUGUUUGAUGACGGCCUUGCAUCCUCCAAUUUUGGCAAACCAUCCGCUCUUUUCGCACUCAACGUACCGGUCGCGAGUGACAUCUUUGACUUCCUGCACGAACUGAACUGGAGACCAUGGCUCGGUCUCACCUCCGGUAGGCGGACUGAGGAGUACUAG